AUGGCAUCCCCAACAACUUCGACUCAAGAUUAUCAUGCGAGCCCGGAGACUCCACCUUCAACUGGUGGUAAGUUUAUGGUUGACCGUUCAGGAUCAAGGUUAUGUAAGAGUGUAAGAACGAUGGAAGUUCUUGCCGGCGGGCCAUCUAAUUUAGGAGCUUCGGUGAGAGAUUGCAGAAAUCAUGUUGACAAAAUGCGGAGGCUAAGACUUGGAGAUGGAGAUGCUAAUGCCAUUCAAAAGAUGUUUAAGAGGCUACAACAAAAUGAUAGUGACUUCUUUUAUCUGAUCGAUAUUGGUGAUGACUCUAGACUUCGCCAUGUCAUGUGGAUUCAUCCGUGGAGUCGGGCUGCAUACCAGGAUUUCCACGACGUCGUGAGUUUUGACACGACGUAUCUCGUCAACCAAUACAACAUGCCCUUUGGAACUGUUGUGGGGGUUAAUCAUCACCACCACUCCAUUCUAUUAGGAUGUUGUCUAUUGAGCGACGAGCGUGCAGAAUCAUUCAAAUGGUUCUUUAGGAAUUGGCUGGACGCAAUGGGAGGUGUUCAACCGACGGCAAUUUUGAGUGAUCAAGAUGAAAGUAUUACGAUCGCAUUGAGAGAAGUAUUGCUUGGCAGCAUCCACCGCUUCUGUUUGUGGCAUAUUGUUUCGAAGAGCUCCAAGAAAUUCAGAGUAUACUCAAAGCAUAUCUUUUGGGCUGGCAUGAUGUCGACUCAAAGAAGUGAGUCGAUGCAUGCAUUCUUCGAUAAUUACAUCAAUUCGAGGAGUACUUUGAAAAUCUUUGUUGAGCAAUAUGAGAUUUGUAUCGUUGAUAAGAUUCGGAAAGAGCUUCAAGCUGAAUAUUCGACGAAGUGCAGGCCUAUCACUUGUGUUUCAGAGUUUAAGUGGGAAUCACAAUUUGCUAAGGUGUAUACUAAUAAUAUCAUGGAGCUACUUCAGAAACAAGUGAAGAAGAUUUGGAAUUGCAAUCUCAUUUUGUUGGAGUCAGAUAGUAGCUCAAUUGAUAAAUAUGAUAUUACCGAGACACGUACAUCGAGCAAGUAUUCCUCUCCCAACGAGCUACAUUUCAUGGUUGAGCAUCGACCUGCUGGGGGCUAUUUUGAGUGCAAUUGCAAAAAAUUCGAGAACAAAGGUAUUUUCUGCCGUCACGUAUUGAAGGUUUUGGUAUUCAAAAAAAUUGAACAUGUCAGUGAAAGAUAUAUUUUGCGGCGUUGGCGGAAGGAUGUAUAUAGGCCACAUUUUAGCAUUUCUUUUGCGGGUGCAUAUCCACACAUGUCUAACGAGUACAAACAAUUUCAAGAGAUGGAACAAGAGUUUAUAAAAUGCAACAAUUUGGCAAUUGAUUCGGAGGAGAAAAUUAGUUUUGUCAAAGAUAAGUUCAAAGAAAUUCAAAGAGAUCUUAAGAGAUGGAAACCUGCCGGCACAAUUUCUCUUCGAAGCCAAAAUACAUCUGAAGCAAUAGAAAUUGAUGCAGGUGAUAUUCCUAUUUUAGAUCCGGUUGCUGUCAAUCGCAAAAGGAAGGCCAAGGACUGCUCGAUUUAA